CUAUUUCUAUCUCUACCCCAUGUUUCGUAAGCUCUUCUGUGCUGCGGCCCAAUCCAAUCUUCACCAUCGUCACUUUCUUCCAAUUUCCCACUCAAACUUUCAGAAAGCCUUCAUUCCCGCCGAUCUCAUUCCUAAUUUGGUCACUGAAUCUUGCUUCGUCGCGAGAUCUCAGAAUAUCAGACCCUUCCCGCGAUUAUCUUCUUCCUAUUCCCGAUGAGUGAUUCCCGGCGGCCGUUCUCGGUUCCCAUUACUGCCGUCAACGAGGCCAAUAAGUCUGAGCUACUUCGUGCUCUCGAAACAUCGCUGGGUUCGUCGUUCAGCUCAGAGCCUCUGAUCCCAAAUCCAAAGCCAUUGAUAAUAGUAAUUAGCGGGCCAAGUGGUGUUGGAAAGGACGCAGUGAUCAAGAAACUUAGGGAAACUCGGGAGGGUCUUCAUUUUGUGGUCACUGCAACGAGUCGAGCGAAACGACCGGGUGAAGUUGAUGGAAAAGAUUAUUUCUUUGUGAGUAAAGAGGAAUUUGAAUCCAUGGUUAAGAGGGACGAGCUUCUGGAGUACGCGCUUGUGUAUGGAGAUUAUAAAGGCAUUCCAAAACAGCAAAUUCGGGAAUACAUGGAAGGGUAUGAUAUUGUUUUGAGGGUGGAUAUUCAAGGGGCUCAAACAUUGAGAAAAUUCUGUAAUUCGGCAGUUUUCAUUUUCCUUGUGGCUGAGAGUGAAAUGGCAAUGGUGGAAAGACUGGUUGAUAGAAAGACUGAAACUUUAGAGUCGCUGCUUGUGAGGAUUGCUACGGCUAGGGAGGAAGUGAAGCAUCUUAAGAAUUUUGAUUAUGUGGUUGUGAAUGCUAAAGGGAAGCUUGAAAAUGCAGUAACAUUAGUGAGUCCAUUAUUGAUGCUGAGAAGCGAAGGUCUGUCAAAGAGUGCUGUGGUAUAG